CGACAUGAUCCUUUCUUCUUCUCUAUCGAUAUCAGCAUGGAUGUAAUUUCUGUUUUCCACGGUUUAUCUUUGACGACUCUUUUCUACGCUUUGCUUCUUUUAAUUCCAGUAAUCUUAGUAUCGGUGAGUAGCUUUGAUGAGACUUAAACUUCAUAGCAAGAAAAAAUCUAUUUCCCCAGGGGCGCAAUCUUAUUUUUUUUUUUUAUAAAAUUUGAUCUUUUUGCAGAUUCUCAUUGGUGUUCGCUUGACUACUUGGAAUCCUGUGGCAAUGUUUUCUAGAUUCGAGAGCGAAAAGUAUUACAAAGAUCCAAACAAAAACAAUGCAACAUAUCCGUUUCCUUUCAUGGAAGAAGAAGGUUCGAUCGAUCUGUCUGUGAUAGUACCUUCAUAUAACGAAGAGGAGAGACGUACGUAUGCGUAGUAGUUACAAACUAAUUACUUUGCUUUUGUGUAAUUAAUUUGUUUAGCUGUUCAUUUGAAUGAUGCAUUUGUUAAGUGGAUGUGACAAUUUCUUUGGAAGACAAAUGCCCAAAAAGUGGAAGGUCAUAUUCGAAUUGGUGUUUUGGUAUAUGUUUUGCACGCUGGUGUGAAAAGCUUCAUAAAACAUAAAAUAAUAAUAAUAAAAGUAAUUAUAAUAAUGAUAACAAUAAUAACAAUAAUAAUGAAAAUAAUCAUAAUAAUAAUAAUGCUAAUAGUAAUAAAUUGAGAACUAAAAAAUAAAAAAUGGAAAUACGGGCUUGUGAGUAAAGAUUAAAUUUGAGGCUGCAAGACCCAUGUUUUUAAAAUUUUAUAGGAAGAAUCUUAUCUUAUGAUUUUCAUAUAUUCAUAACGUCUUCAUCAUCCUUUCAUGGGUUUUUAAUAACCAAUUCCAGUUGGCUUGUUAACUCAGUUGGUAGAGCACUGCACCGGUAUCACAGAGGUCAAGGGUUCGAAUCCCAUACAAGCCUGAAUCUUUUUUCAGGCUUCCUUUCGCAGCUGCAAAAGUUAUGUCUAUAACUGCAAUGAUCUACUUUCAUAUAAUUCUUCACCCCACAGUUUACAUAUAUAAUUUUCAUGUUCCUAACUUCAAGAAUCUUUUCUCUUAUCAAACCUGAGACAAUACUUAUCAUGUCCCUAGAAAAUUUGAGUUCAAGCUUUAACUGACGCUUUAAUAUAUGUGCAAGAACUGAAAAGUUUUGAAAAUUUCAAUAAUUCAAAGUUUAAAAUACAAUUCAAAUCUGAUCAGAUGCUUGCUGGAUGGCUACAUACAAAAAUAAAUUUCUUCUAAUGCACAAAAAACUUAAGUGUAAACAGUAAUAGCCAAUUUAAAAAUAUAUAUAUAAAAUAAAAUAGGUAAAUUUAAACUAUAUAGAAAGAAAUGAUCACAAUGAAUAUAAUGGAAAAUCAACUCUGACAAUAAUUUACCAACUCAAUUCAAUCUUUUCAUCCUCUGGUGGUGGUUGCACUGUACUGAAGAUCUUUUUUUUUAUUUUGUACAGUUCCAAUAAUGUUGAAUGAAACUUUAGAAUAUCUGGAAAAUGAAGAGGUAAAAAUGAUUAUAUUGUUUCUUAGGCAGAGUUCACAUUUGGUCAUUCUUGGGCACUGUGCCUGAAGACAGUACAUGGUGGGCACUAAUGUGAACACACCUCUGCUAGAAUUCAGGCCCAGUACUGGUGCCUGAGUAUACUCAGGCACAAGUGGGUACUGGGUCUCUGUGUGCACAUAAUUUUUGUAAGUUCUGGGGCAGUCCACUGAUUUGUACUCACUCAGGAUGCAAAGAAAGUCAGUUUUACAGCCUGCUAUUUGGGCAAGCUGUAGCUAGCAUGUACCAGCCCGCAAGUCAUUUCAACUAGCCCGAAAACCUGUUUUGAUUAGCAGGAUUGAUAAUUAUACAAUCCUUCUGUAAUCUGAAUUUCCCCGAAAAACAGCACUUGCCCAGUGGGCAAGUUAAGAACAAAAAUCACUAGCCCGAUAGCAAAAUCCAGUAGCCCUGGGCUAUCGGACUUGACUUUCUUUGCAUGCUGUCGCUGCUAAGCUCACAUUUCAAAAUGGCAUCUGAAAAGGCAAAAUGGAGUAACUAUGUACGCAGUCACAUAUCAGGUACUCAGGGUGUUAGACUUGCCCACAAGUCAAGCUCAAAAUUUUUCUUGAGCACAAAGUGCGAGCGAGCAAUUUUUUAUGUGUUUGGUGGCAAAGCAAGUGAGCAAGAGAGUUUGCGCUGGGGCCUACUAUCUGAACUUGAAAUGAGAGGCAAAAGAAUAAGGGUGUGAACACAAAACCAUUGUGUGCUGGUACCCAGGUACUGGUUCUAGAACACCAAGUGUACACAGUCUGUUAGUAGUUAAGUAUGAUCAGAGCUGUCAUUAAGUUUCAAAGUAGUUGUAGCAAAAUUAAUGAAGAUUCACCCGUAACAUCUUACAAAAAAUUUAUAGUGUAAUCUUUUGCUUUCCACUUGGAUCAUAAUAUCAAAUGAGUUCAGCUGUAACAGGUGCUAACAAGUUGAAACUUCCCUUAAUGAAAGCUCUGAUCACAUUAAAGUGCUUUAUUUCUUGAAGCAGUCAUUGUCUUGAUUAGACCUUAGAUCAGGGAAAAGUUGGCUUCAACUUCCAUUAUAUGUGGUUUUUCAGCAUACCUUCCCACAUUCACUGUAUUUCUCCCCUUUAUCAAGGACUAUAGGAGACAUGAUUUUACUAUUUGCAGUCUUAUGCACCCAUUAGCCCAAAGGGCCAUGAUGACGAUGACGAUUAUAGUUUUAUGGUUACUCCAUGUGGCACAGACUUUCUAUGUACAGCAUCUGGUUUUGGUAAACCAUUUGUCUCUCAUGAGUGUCGCCGCACUGAAGCAUCUCAGAUGCUUCAGUUGCCUGCAUGCAAGAAAAGACUAGCGCCGGAGUAUAAUGAUACCAUUGGUGUUUAAAUUCAAACCUGGAAAACUGUUAACACCUGAAAUAUUUCAGUAUUAUUUAUUGUUUAUUGGCAAGUCACAAGAAAGUUCUUGACUUAGAAGUAGAUUGCAAAGCCCCCCCAAAAGCCAAAAGCUCUUGACUAAGAAGCAGAUUACAAAACCACAAACUAAUUCCCAUUGCUAUUUGCAGUUAAGUUUUCUCACACCAGAUUGGCAUUUUCCUUGCAACACAAUAAGUUGUAGUUUUAUAAUUUGGCACCUAUAACAUCUAUAAAAAUAUUAUUUACAAUUUUUUAAUGAUAAUAUUUUUAUAGAUGUUAUAGGUGUGUUUUUGUUGGUCAUUAUAUAAGAGUUACCCUAGUAAAUAAUUAACUUGAUUGCUUGACAUCCUUUUUUUUUCAGAAAAAUAAGCCAUCUUUUACAUAUGAAAUUCUAGUUGUAGAUGAUGGUAGCAAAGAUGCAACUUCUAAGGUGAGUGAGAAAGAAUAAGGCUAGCUGUUACAGGUGUCUGCUCUCAAGUGAUGGCUGAUUUGAGUACUACUUUGCAGCCAAUAAAAAUGAGAGAAUUCAUUUUUAAGUUAGUUAAAAGGAACACAGAAAUAGGUAUUCUGCACAGUUCAAAGAAUCUGUCAAGCCUUGCUUAGAUAUCACAAUAAAAGUACAAGAGUAAACAGUUGGAGAAUAUCUUCAGGAAGCAGAAAAAAAGGUCUGCAGUCUGCUUAGUAUGGGAAUGGUUUCUACUAGCACAGAGUUCAAAAUAGUAUUAUUUUUAUGGAUGCAAUGAGUAGAACUGCCUACUUAUGACUUUGUUUCUUAAGAGAGCUUUGACCUUGUUUAUUGUCUUUAAUUAAUGGAUGUAGGGUUUAUUACAUUUUUAAGAGCAGACCUCUGGUGCCAGGGUACUUCUGAAAUCAUUAUGCUGUGAAUUGAAGGUUUUGUUUUCCCCAGUUUGUUUUAGCACAAAGUGGAGAAUGUUUGGAAGCUCUGUCAAUGACAGGGUUGUGCUCUAGCAGAGCCUGUUGUCCCAUGGCACCUACCUUUUCCUCUUGGGUGACUAAGAAAUAUUAGUUUUUUUGUACAAAUCAUAUGCUGGGCACCCUUUUAGAGUUUCAGAGCACGGGACUUCCCUUAAUUUUCCUUAGAGCACAGUCUUGUCUGGAUAUCAUGACUUCCAGUAUAAUAGACUUUUUGAAAAAUUUAGUCAUUUUAUUUAAAGUUUUAUUUUAUCGUUAUAGGUGACAUUAGAGUAUGUGAAGAGAUAUGGUGUCUGUAAAAUGCGACUUUUGACUUUUGAGCAGAACCGAGGCAAAGGUGGUGCAGUAAGGAUGGUAAGAUAAUUAUGUUGAGACAAGAGGAAGGGAUCUGAUUAGCUCUCAGUGGGUAAAGAUGUAAAAUGAACAAGUACUACAUCUAAAGUAUUGUUACUAAAUGACUACAGCUUGUGCAAAAUGCGAGGACAUCCAACCCUGUUGUUAUAGUCCAGCACUAUGCUUGUACAGUAUAAAAUCCUGGUCCGGUCCAUCACAGUGUUACAGUGCAAGAGGCCCCUGUCCUCUAUCAACCAGUAAUUAUUUUUCUUUGUAAGUUAUUGAAAAUAAGCUAGCCUACGUAUGGAGGGUUUGUCAGGAAUCAGGGCUGGCUUUAGUAACCACCCCCCCUACUUUACUGAUUGCCCCAUUUGACUGAUUUGUACUCUUUGGUGACAAGGGCAAGCUUGAUGCUGGCUACCCACACUCUACUAUAGUUUGCCCAAAUUUUCAUACUAGAGCUCCACCUUGAGAAUAGUAAAUAGAGCAAUAUUUUCAUGUAAACUUUGAAUUUUGAUUUUAAAAAAGCACUCUAUUUGAUUGUCAAGGUAUUUAGCAUAAAAAUACUAAUUGGGGACACUAUUUUUACGUCUCAAACUGAUGACGAGACCGCCAUGUUACGUGGUCAUCCGUGCCAUGCAACGGUCUAGCCCCUUGCAGUGCAAAGGGAGUGAGUAUUGUCUGGCUCCGGGAAUCAAACCCGCGACCUUCCGCUCUGCAGUCAAGCACUCUAUUGACUGAGCUAAUUCUGCUUGCUGUUGCUCAAUUUGCAAUUGACCUGGUCUCUCUGUGCAGGUAUAGCUAGUUCAUUUUAUUUUUCUCCAACCCAUACACACCACCCUUAUCUUUUUGUUGUUUUUAUGUAGGGUGUGCUCAGCUCAAGAGGAAGAAGAAUUCUCAUGGCUGAUGCUGAUGGGGCCAGUAAGUUUGCUGACUUGGCAAGGCUAGAACAAGCCUUAGAUGAUCUUAAUGGCAGGAAGGUAUGCUCAUUACUAAUGUGCAAAAUUUCUUUAAUUAAAUGUAACCAAGAGCUUUCUGCUGACUCUGAGGUUGCAACUCAUGAACUAGUAGAACCAAUGAAAAUGCAAAAAAAUUAGAGGGGGGCAGUUAUUAUUUGCUAAGCUUGGUGAACUGGAUUCAUGAGCUGAUUUAGUCUGCGGAUGUAACCAUCUAUCCUCACUCCUUGCUGCAUGAGGCAUUUUGCAGGAGAGACAUCUGUAUCUCAAUGAUAAAAAAUGUCAUUAUAAGGUAAAAAAUCUCUCUUGAAAAGGUGUAUUGGUUUGCUACCUUGUGCAAAGAAUUUAGGGAUUAGGGACUAGGGAUUAGUGUACCUUAGGGAUAUUUCUAUCAUAGUCUCUUAAAAACUGAAUACUGAACUGAACUGAAUGCAUGAGAAAUUUUUGUGGUAAUUGUCCCUUUAACCAUAACUAACACAAAAUUCACUAAUGUGAUUGCCUAUCAGCAGCCCAGUAUGUGUCAUGUCUAAGCUAUAGGCUACAAUAUCUAUUAUCGUGUGCAAUUUAAUAGCUGGACAGUUUUGGUGUUGAAUGGUUUCUUUUUUUCUCUCAUUCACAUCUAGAAAUAACUCUUGGAAGAUCUGGUCCUUUUAUUUUUAGUUUAAAUUAUUGAUCCUAGUUUUUGUUUUAGUUUUGAUGAAUAAUAUUGGUAUUUGUGUUGUCCAAUGUGCUCAUUACUCACAUUCAUGAUUAAACAAAUCAGUCUUUCUAUUUUGUGUAAUUAUUUGUAUGAUUACACACUCAUUACUUUUAUUAAUGGAUUAGUCAUAUUGAUUUUUCUUUAUUCAGGGGAAUAAAUUUGUGAUAGUUUGUGGUUCACGAGCACAUCUUCAAGAUGAAGCAGUGGCAAAAGUAAGUAAUAAACUGAUAACAAGUAUUUUGUUAACAAUAAAUGAAAAGCGAAUUCAAGUUUUAAGCUUCAAGUAAAGAUAAGAAAGGAUGAAAUAUUCUACUUUUUUUAACUUGUGAUGAGAAAACUAGUCGUGUUAUUGAUGGUAGUUCAUAACCCCUUCAUUUUCUCUGUGCUGAUUGAUGCUCUUUACUCUGAGUCUGAAUGUCAGAUAGGGCUUCUGAUAUUUUUCUCUUUCCACGCAUGUCUGGGUAUUUUGCUUGCUCUUUUAUGCCUAAGGAAUGUAAGGACUACUGUGUAAAAGGAAAUGUUUUUCGUUGUAGCGGUCUUUUUUGAGGAACAUCCUGAUGUAUGGCUUUCACUUCCUUGUGUGGUUUCUUUGUGUUCGAGGAAUUAGAGACACACAGGUGAGAGAAUAUUAUCCUGAGUGAGGGAUGUCACCUUAAUAACCAAGUCAUUUUUGCAUAAUUAUAGAACUUUAUUUAAUAUUUAGUUAUAUGUAUAUUUACUAAUUUGUCACUAUGUUGGAAUAAGCAAGCAUGACCGAGUGGUAAGCUUGCUGAACUUCUUGUUGGAAGCUGUGGGUGUGACUUCAGUCAAAGUGUUGUUAAUCAAGCUGUCUUUGCUUCUAAGUUUGCUGGGACCAUGACCUUAGGGUGUGUUGCAGUGAGGUUAGGUGUCGCACUAUCUUUGAGUUUAAAAGCUGGUUUGCUUAGCUCUUGAUCAUCAUAUUGUUUCAGUGUGGAUUUAAACUUUUUACAAGACCCGCAGCGCUGUUAACGUUUACUGCACUCCAUGUGGAACGGUGGUAAGUUCUAAUAAACCGCUUUUAAGAAUCUUAGCCAGUAGAAAUAUAUUGUCGGUAAAAUCUCUCCUCAGGAUAAACCAGUAUUUGACCAGGUUAUCAGUCUUAGAACCCUAACAACAAGCUAGUCUUAAAAGGGUGAGGAAAACUGCUUUAAAGGUGAUGUUAUGCGGGACGACCCAGCGUUGCAAUGUUGUAACAGUGUUGUAACUAUUCGAAACAAUGUUGCAACAAUAUUGCAACAAGUUGCAACGCUGUGUUGCGCUAAAAAUCUUCAUUACGAAUCGUCUCGAGUAACACCUUAGAAUGACCCAUUUCAAAUUGCAGGAUGUGCGGCCAGAUUUAGUGACAAGUAGUUUUCUUUUUCUUUGACCAGAGUAACACCACUUCUUUUCAUUAAACUAAUCUUUUAUUCCUUUAUCUUAUCUAUAAGCAAAAGCGGAGCUCCCUCUGUCGUUAUAGAAACUAAGUCUCACAGUUCCCUGAUUUGCUCUGACAAAGGACAAGCUAGCACUCGACACUACUGCAAAGAAUGCUUUAGAAUUAGUUAACUUGCCAUGUUUGAGGGUGAUGUUUCAGUAACGAGUGAAGUUAUGGCGCAAAUAUGUGCUGCUACCACCCAAACGUAUGCAAAAUUUCGAGACUUUGUAGAGCCAUAUCUUCGAUAGUUUGUUGGGGGUAUUACUCUCCAACUUAGUAACUUUGCUGAUUUUAGAGGCCCCUUUUCCAGCAGUGUCCAGGGAUUUUCGCUAACUGGUCAAUGUAAAAAGACUCAAAACCUUGGUAGGGUUUUUUCCCUCAACAAACUCGGUGAGAUGUCUAGACUGUCGCAGGCAUUCCAGAAGUGUAGAAAGAACUUAUAUGUUUACGUCCACUUUACUGUAUUUAUUUUAAAAAACCCAAUUCCUUGUUGUUUUCACGUGUAUUUGUCUGCUAUUAGCUGACCAUCCACGUUUUCUUCCUUUGCAGGGCUUUUGAUGUUGAGCUGCUUUACAUUGCUCAGCGAUUGAAAAUUGCCCUGGCAGAAGUAGCUAUCAACUGGACAGAAAUAGAUGGUUUGUACACAACAUAUUUUACAAAUUCAUACAUGCUUUUAAAGAUGGAAGACUUGUCUCGAAUGAAAUUCCUUGUGCUCGAAUACUCCCUUCUAACACCCGAGAAACAUUACUGUUUAGUUUGCCUCCCGUAAAUUUCAAGCAUCAAAGGUAUCAAAAACAACAAGGUUAGAAAGGGACAACUCAAUAAAUAAUUUGUAAUUUGUUUCUAGGCUUGUGACGGUAAAUAAAACUUCAUCCUAACAGCAAAUUAUUAACCAAUUAGAUUCUGAUUUUGGAGAACGGGCCCUUUGCAGAAUACGGUCACUUGGUACAAAAAGCAUCUGGCUGACACAUUGGGACCUUGAAGGAAAAAGGAUAUUAGCUUUUUGGCUGAUGUAAUCUCCUCGUUUUUCUUGCCCCUCAGCGUCGUUUGCCAUCCAACGAGGUGCUUUUUGUACCAUGUGACCGUAUUCUGCAAAAGGCCCAUUAGGCACAUCAGAGAGGAAGAGUGUGUUAUCCAAGAAGUAGUUCUUCAUAUCACAUGAAAGCCAAAUUCAAUGAUUGUCGCAUUUUUGUUUCAAACAUUUUAUAGUAAAAACAUUGCUUACCUCGAUCGAUGUGAAUUUUCCGCCCUUAGUUCCCUCUUUUGGCAGUAGUUCAGCCAUCUAUUCUCGGCAAAACGUUUCAAAUUUUUCACCGUUUUCUCCAGCUUUUUGCUGUCGAUAUUUUGUACAAUGACGUCAUUAGUACAAAUAUACCAAUAGCCUGUUUACAUGAUGACGUCAGACUUGCUUAUUUCACCACCAAGCCUCGUUUGUGUACCAAAUUCUUUGCAUUUCUUCUGUUUGUGCGGUAGUAAUUUUUUUUCAAAUUAACUUCAGUGGGAAUUGCAACAAUUCCAAGACUUGUAUUGUGGUAAUUAAAAAAUAGCAGGUCUGACAUAAACAAGCAUAGGUCAACGCUGACUGGUUGUGAAUUGUUACUCAAAGAUAACUCGCCUCUUUCAAGUUUGGAUUACACAUGCACUUCUUUCGUUUGGGGUUGUAAAAAGACUAUACAUUCAGCUGCUUCCUGGUUUUAUUUACAAACUGUUAACUAAUUAUUGUAUGUUUUAUUUUUGGAAGGUUCAAAGAUGAUUCCAGUCUGGAGUUGGCUUCAGAUGGGCAAAGAUCUUAUUCUUAUAAGCUUGCGAUAUGUUGUCGGAGCAUGGAGAAUUGAACCAAUGAAGCUUAAAUCUCAAUAGGUUUUUCAAAAGUAAUCAAUUUCUGCCAAAGACAAGUUACCUGUUUUCGAAUAUUUUUAGCAGAUGAAUUAUUUUGUCUUGAAUAGAGAUAUUGUUUUAGGAAAAUUGAGGCAAAACCUUUUUUGCCUUAUUAUGAAGAAUUCCUUCUUUAUUGAAAAUACCGACUAGUCAGCACCCGUUCGUGGUAUCUCCGCCAUCUUAUAAACCAACAUAACUCUUUUCUGGUUGCCCACACGAGUUCUCAGUAUCAGUGCUUUAAUUAUAAGAUCAGACAGGCGAGGUUUUUGAACUCAUUUAUAAACCUAAUAUAAGCGAAUUAUCUGUCUGUGAGACAAUAAACCGGCAUUGUAGUAAUCCGAUUUAUAAAUUUAAAGAGAUUAUUUAUCUCAGAUACAGGUUCGUUUGCCAGAACAUGCAAAGUAUAUUUACCUUGUUCUACUGGAACUUCAUAGUACAGGCGAUUCCAGAAGUUAUCUCAGCCGCAAAUGACUUUUAUUAUAAUAACAGAAACCCAUAAGGGGUUAAAGCCCUUAUGGGUUUCUGAUAAUAACCUAUAAUGACUUUCAGUUCUUUCACUUAUGCAUUACUAGAUACUAAGGGUCGGUUAUUUUAACGAAGUCUAACUUAGAACGCGGUUUAAGAAAUCUUUGGACCUUCAGUUCUCUUCCUUGGUAGGUUAAUUUAAGAAGAUAAAUGCUUUUCUUGUCCACACUAUAUGCUUUAAUGAAACUGUUCACGACAAUUGGUGUUUAUAUAAGAGCGUUGGGUAAACUGAAAAUGCCUUAGAACGCGGUUUUGUUAAACACUGAUUAAACUCCAUUUACAUAACCGGCCUAAGUCAUAGUUUCCGUUGUUUCUGCUGUGUACUACAUAAAACAUUGUUCAUCAUAACAGUCGCAGUAUCAACUUCCGUUAGUUUAAAACCCCUUUAAGUCUCAAGAUCUACAUACAAAUUCUCCAGACUAAUCUUCUUCAUACAGCAAUAAGCCAAGAGAAUUUGAUAAAAGAUCAAAGAAUUUCCUCUUUGGCGAUCAUUUUAUCAAUUCUAACAACUUUUUCUCUUGAUUUUGUAUUUGUUGUGUUGGAGAAUAUUGAUGUUGGUCACUCUUCCGCACACCUCGUGUAGUGGAAACCUCUAGCGAUAAAAAUGACGUGGUGCUAGUUCUACCUGACCUGGCUUGAAAUUUCUGGAAUUGUAUCUCUAAGGGUUCUCAAUUAUUCAAUAAUCACCUUUACGAUUUAGGGAUCCUUUAGAGUGUUGAGACGCCGAGUGACGCGAGCUAUUAGCGCUAGCAAAGGGAGGAUUCUCUCUUAGUGUCAGUUAAUGUGUUGUUUUAAAUUCACUUUACCUUUCAGUUUAAGGCGUGCCCGUCCAAAGUCAGUAAAGGUAGUUUCUAAAUUCUUUAUUAUCGGAAUCAAAAAUUCUUGGCUGCCUGCACUUGUCAUAUGCCCAUAGUUUUCACUCUUCCAAAGUUGCCUUUCUACCUUGUCAAUUUUCACAAUUACUGGAGUAAUAACUAAAAAUGCAAAGAAAAUUAUUUGAAUAUUUCAUGGUAAUGAAAUAUUAAGUAUUAAAUGGCUUAUUUUAAUCUUCUUUACGUGAUCUUCAUUAAGUUAUUUUUAAUCGGUUCUGGUUCACUAUUAAAAUGAAUCAAUUGUUUGAAAAGAUAAAUCUCUUAGAAU